CAUAUGAAAUCCAUUUAAUGCCGGCAUUCCUCAUCAUCUUCUUCUCAUAUACACACACCUUCAUACAAAUAUUUCACACCUGAAAUCACACACACACAAACACACACAAACACACAUGGCCGACGCAGAGAACCAAAUGAUCCCGAUCGCACCAGCCGGCGUAAAGAGCGACGGACAACCCUACACAACCAUCACACCAUUCACCAAACCAAAGCACCAAAAAACCAACAAGUCUCUCGUAUACAUACUGGCCACCAUCGUCUUCAUCAGCACCAUCUUCCUGAUCUUCGCAUCCGUAUUUCUCCGCGUCGAUAACCCUCACCUCCGCAUCCGCACCGUCUCCAUCCAAAACUUCGAACUCACUAACACUAAUAACACAAACUCAACAUCUCAUAUCAUCAACAUGAUCAACAUCACCAUGUUAACAGAAAUAACAGUUGACAACGGGAACUUUGGGCGGUUUGUGUUCGAUAACUGUACCGCGGUUUUGUUGUACGGGAAUGCUACGAUCGGGGAUGGGUAUGUUUCGGGAGGUCGUGUUGGGGCGAAGAAUAUGAAAUCUAUUGGUGUUGUGAUGCGAGUUGGGUAUGAGAAUUUGAAUGUUAGUAGUGGUAUGGAUGUGAUGGAGGUUGUGAGUUAUGCGAAGAUGAAAGGUAGAGUUCAUGUUAUGAAGAUUGUUGAUAGGAAGAAGACGAUUGAGAUGAAUUGUACGGUUAGUUUUAACUUGACGAACCGGUCGUUUGUUAGUUCGUUGUGUAGGUGAGAUUAUGGUUAACAGUUGGUUACAGUUUUUCUUUUUUUCUUUUUUUUUUUGUUGAGGGAUAUGAGAUAUACAUAAAAUGCAACUUAUGCGGUAGCGUAUGAGGUAUAGUGUGUAUAGAUAAAUACUCGAUUAAUAACAUUGAUUGUAACGACUGGUGAUUAGCAAAUAAUAUUUUUGAAGAACAUAUUAUUUGUUCAUA